AUGGGGGAGUGGCUGAGCAGCGCGGGACUGACCAGGGCCCUGCUGGGUGCUGGGUGCUGGGUGCUGGGCUGCUUAGGCUGGUUUAUGCGCCGUCUUUCCUCACAACCGCUCACGCUCGACGCUCGACACUCGCUCCUGCUGCCGUUGCGCGCAUUACUACGUGUAAUCUCCAGUGCUGCCUCCAUUGCUGCCGCUCGCGAGCCCCGUGCACGCCGCUCAUCGCCCGAACCUAGACGCACACCCGAGCACCUGCUGCGAUCUCGACUGAUCUUCCAGCAGCCCGCACCCACGCCUUCGCGCAGAGCUACGACCGUUGCGCCGCUGCAGUCGUCCCAAGUCGCGUGA